AGCGUCCGCGUGGUCCGCAGCCAAUCAGAGGCGCGCAAACGUGUUGUGACGUCGCGGCGGCGCCGAGUUGAAUCUCGCUUUCGCGCGUCUAGCAGGAAGAGAGUCAGGUUCGCACACACACACAAUCGCGCGGAGGUGAGGGUGGUAAGCCGGGGUGAGAGAACAUUGGACGCCGCUAUGGGAAGUGCGCAAAAACGGCAUUUAUUCUCAGGCCGGGACCGGCCGGCAAGCUCUUUCGCGAAGUCGUCGACGCUGGUCAGCCGAUUACAUUUUGUUGCUCCCGGGGAACACAGAACAGAACAAAAGACAAAAUGCCCGGCAAAGGCCUUCUGGAGCGCCUGGACAGCGGCGUGGUCCUCGGAGACGGAGGAUUCGUGUUCGCCCUCGAGAAGAGAGGCUACGUCAAGGCGGGGCCAUGGACCCCCGAAGCCUGCGUCGAACACCCCGAAGCAGUGCGGCAGCUGCACCGGGAAUUCCUGCGAGCGGGUGCGGACGUGAUGCAGGCGUUCACAUUCUACGCCAGCGACGACAAACUCAUCAACCGCGGAAACGAGGCGGGCCGCAGCUUCUCUGGGGCCGAAAUCAACACUGCCGCCUGCAAGUUGGCUCGGGAAGUUGCUCUUGAGCAAGACGCGCUGGUGGCCGGCGGCAUCUCACAGACGCCCUCGUACCUGAGCGGAUGCACCAAAGAGGAGAUCCAGGCUGAAUUCAAAAAGCAGAUCGACGUCUUUGUCGCGAACAAGAUGGACUUCCUUAUCUGCGAGUACUUCGAGCACGUGGAAGAAAUGGAAAUGGCGAUCGAGGUCUGCAAGAAAACGGGCCUUCCCACAGUGGCCUCCCUGUGUAUAGGUCCCGAGGGAGACAUGCACGGCGUCUCUGCGGGGCAGUGCGCCGUUCGCAUGGUCAAGGCCGGUGCCCAUGUUGUUGGAAUCAACUGCCACUUCGACCCUUUCGUGGUUCUGGAGACGGUCAAACUGAUGAUCGACGCCGUGAAGGAAGCGGGCCUCAAGGCUCAUUUCAUCGCCCAACCCCUCGCGUACCACACCCCUGAUGCGGGCAAACAGGGCUUCAUCGACCUGCCAGAGUUUCCCUUCGCCCUAGAGCCUCGCGUGUGUUCCCGCUGGGACAUCCAGCGCUACGCCCGCGAAGCUUACGAGAUGGGAGUGCGCUACAUCGGCGGCUGCUGCGGCUUCGAGCCGUACCACGUCCGCGCCAUGGCCGAGGAACUGUCCCCCGAACGAGGCGGAGCCCUGCCCAAGGGAUCCGAGAAGCACGACCUCUGGGGAGAGGGCCUCCGCAUGCACACCAAGCCCUGGGUCCGCGCACGAGCGUACCGCAACUACUGGGAGAACCUGAAGCCGUCCACGGGUCGGCCCUUCUCUUCGUCCUUUUCGCAGCCGGACAACUGGGGGGUGACCGCGGGCGCCAACGAACUCAAGCAGCAGGCCGAGGCCACCACCAAGGAAGAGAUUUCCAAGCUCAAGGAGUUCAAGAAGGAGUGACCGCAGUAUCGGGUGUCUCAAGCUUCGCUUUGUCUACGCUGAAACACUCAACAUGUUUUUCCUCGUCUUUCCUGACCACUCUUUGAUAUUCAUUGACCUCCCUUUUCUCGAGCAUAUCAGAAAAUAAAAUCAAUCUCAACUGCCAAAGGU